GCACCGCCCCAGGGUAAAUUUGGAAGAGCCACAGAACCGGUUUAAAGCCACUUUUGCGAUCUCAUCGACGGCAAAAGUGUUGAGCUUCAUCAAAGGAGGCUGUUGUGGCAUCAUGGCCGUAUCGCACGCGAGUAGCGAGAGCUACAGCGCGUGUACCAGUAGUGUGUUGCAUAUCCGACCAGUUACUGCGGUUGUUGUUUUUGUUUUGAGAAAGAUUGUCACCAAGUUUGCCCUCACCAACCCGCUUCGUGCGGGGGAUUUCGCGUUAGCGGUCGAUUCAGGGUUAACAGGCUUUGGAAUUGUAUGAUAGCAGGGAUUCUCUUUCUGGAGGGAAAGGAGCGAGAUUGGGGCUGUUGGUCCCAAGUAUUCAAUUCCCUCCCUUCUCCCCUACCAGACUCGAACCACAGGCUUCACAGUGAACUCUCCCAUAACAAUUCUCCUCUCAAAACACCACCGACACCUGUCCCGAUCCCGCGCGUACUGUCCGCCACAGAGCCUCCUCCCGCUCCCUCUUCCCCCCACUCAUUCCUGCUCCCUCUCGGGUAAACUUCGCUCCUUUCUCUCUCUAGAUGUUGACCCAGAAGCUGUAGCGGGGCUUCCUGAAUUCAAUUUGGUCAGGAAGAUACAGGUUCUUCCAUGAGUAGUUUUUCAUGCGGCCUCUGUAAGAGCCUCCCGCCGCCGACGCCCUGUUGCUUCGUACACUUUUAACCUGCCUCCCCUUACAUCAUACGUACUGACCUUUGUCUCGUCGUUAGGGUACUGACGAUAGUGGUUUUUAUUGCCGGAUACAUUACUGCUCGCUUUUCACUCAUUACCCAGGCGAUAGAUCUGGGCUAUUUCGCCUGGGAUCACGGAGUUUUGGUUCGUCUGUUUCACGAGUCUCCUGGCUUAAGAAGCUUAAUUUCACCUCUCCUACCUCAGGCUUACUCAUGCUCUGGUUUGAGAUUUUUUUAGGGACGGGCUACUAAGGGUUUUUUGAUUUUAUCGCUGUUUUUCUUCUUGUUCUUUAUACCUAUCGAAAGGAUUGCCUCAAGGGAGAUCGGUUUGGUUCGUCAUCAUCUGCACCGUCAUGGUUUGGUCUGGCCCCAUGUGAGUUUCGCGCUGACGUUGCAUUUUUGCCUUGUAGCAGACACGGAGCGGAAGCGCUAUUUCGGCCAGAGAGCAGUUGCGCCGUAGGGGGAGUUUCUAUUGAUGGGUUCGAAUGGUUUGAUGCGCGUGUUCUGGCCUUUAGAUUUUCAGCGCAACAGCCGGCCAGGGAUAUUGGUGGGAUGGAGGAACUCGGAGUUAGACAUAUUCGUGGUGGAUAUACUGAAUGGAGUGGAUGUGGGUUUCUUCCAUGGUAGUCUAUCGGUGGGAGAAUAGAAUUCGUUUUUGGAGUAGAGGCUGAUUUGGGAAAUCAGGGCAGGAGGAUUGCGGAAGAAUUGAGUUCGCGGAGUCUUUACCGGAAAUCUCUGCAUUCUGUCGAACGGAUAUUUGAACUCUGCGGUAGAACGGAACUUCACGUGCUUGGGAGUGUCAAUGAAGAACCGGGCCCACUGUUUCAGCCAGACCAUAUAUACGCUUUUACCGAUAAGUCAUGCAGAUACCCUCAGAUAUUCUGUCCGCCGGCGAGCGGGAUUGAUUUCCAAGUGAUAUUGUUUCAGAGACCGCACCCGCGGCGGAUGCAAUAUUUAUCCUUGACCCCUAUAUCAUUGGCACUGGAGGAUCGGAUGACGAACGGAAGUAUCGGGGAUGGUGAUGAUACGAUCGAGGAGCAACGGGAGAGGGAGCGGAAGGCUGAACUGGUCGAGAAACUGAAACUUCACUCAGUAGUCCGGCCUACGCCGACCAUGAAGGAAAAAAGUUUACAGAUGAUAAUUGAUCAGGUCAAUUGUUCGCAUGAGAUGAGGCAACUGUUGAAGGAAAACGUUAGGCUUAUAAUGUCUAGACGCUCCAGAAGGAGUCUCAGUGUCAGUGAAAGGGUGGUAGAGUCCGCGACAUCGCUGUGGAGGAUUGUGUUGAAGGGGUUAAUGGACACUGCAAAGUUUUUGUGGCCCUUUGCUACCAAGCUGUUUGUACUGAUGAUAUUGAUCUGGAGAUUGGUCGCAGAGACGCUUCUAAGGGUGCUAGAAUGGAGGUUACGACCUGAACUGGCGGCGUUGAAGGACAUUUCUGCUACAGGUAAGGUUCUCUCCGGUAUCCAUAGCAAGCCUUAUUGCUCCUUCUGCCUACUGAACGGGUGGCAGAGCUGAAAGAAGGUUUAGGGUUUGCAGGUGAAUUAGAUUAUUGAUUAUUCCUCAGCACAGCAGUUCGAUAUCCGGCUUCAGCAGUUUUGCUAUUGGCCUAUACAGUAUGUAACCCUGCGCCGACGAAAAGCCGACUGGGAAAGUGUCACCACAUCUCAUCCUGAUUAUAUUCGGUUUUACAACAGCCUGUGGCUUGUUGCAAAUGAUGUUAUCAUUGGGAUUGCUUUGGGUUCUUAUAUAAUCGAGAACGCGAGUGGGGUAGCAUACCAGAUAGAUUAUUACUUGAGGGUAUGUGAACCCGAUUCUCCAAGGAAAUAUCAUGUGUCUAAUUACUUUGCAGGCCUAUACAGUCGAGGGCAUGAAAGCAAUGAUAAGUUGGCUGAUGGAACGCCCCGGUGGCUUGAAGCUCAAUGACGACUUGGGGAACUUUCUUGGUGAUCUAUUCCUAUGGGUCAUAGAUUACUGGGCAGAUACUAUGACAAACAUCAGACCGCAUCUUCCUGGUGUGAUCUAUGCUAUUGGGUUCUCUAGUUUUGCGGGUGCCUCAAUGCCUAUAGCCCUGUUCUCGGAUCUUCUUUCCAUCCUAACCUUGCACGUAUAUUCCUUCUACAUUGCAUCCGCGCGCAUCUACAACUGGCAGUUAACUAUCAUAAUAUCUCUCUUCCAUCUCUUCCGUGGAAAGAAACGAAAUGUUCUCAGGAAUCGAAUCGACUCGUGCGAUUAUGACCUUGACCAAUUGCUCAUUGGCACCAUCCUUUUUACCUUGUUAAUAUUCCUACUGCCCACGGUCUUGGUGUUUUACCUUACCUUCGCGUCUGCGAGAAUGGCCAUAAUAAUGUUGAAGGCUGCGCUGGAAACUCUGUUAGCCUGCCUCAACCACUUUCCGUUGUUUGCACUCAUGUUGCGGGUGAAGGACUCGAAGCGGCUGCCGGGUGGUAUUAGGUUCGAAUUAUUGGAUACGGUCGCUGUUGUGAAAGGGUUCAAGAGGACCUAUGGGGUGCCUCCGCUUUCUUACAUCAAUUUGAAGGUAAUGGGUUCCUCAGCUGUCUCAUUGUGUAGAUUCAGCUAACAAACCCAUCAGUCAACCCCAUUACCGUUCGGUGCGAUGUUCCACCAAUAUUUCCAGCUCGGCCAGCGAAUCCGAAAACAUUAUGUCUCGCCCCAUGUCAUCCUAUGUUUAAUGACCGGCCGCUUCGUACCGCCUAUUCAUAGAAAGAAUCUGUAUUCAAUGCAGUAUAGCAUGCUUCCAACAAAACGAGCGGGCAUGCUGGAACUAUGGAUUAGGCUUACGGAGGACCAACCCGGAAAUGGGGCUGCGCUGGCCAAUUAAGGAACCUUUCGCUGAAGAAUAUGGAGUCUCUCUAGAGGCUUCCUGUAAUUAUAUUUAGAUGCAAAAAAUAUUUGGUUUUGGUUUUUAGACGCGAAAGAUAUGCACAGGAGUUUUGCUUGUUCCCGUUUUCGAUACCUGAUUUCUUUCUACUUCAACGACCAGCUUUGAUACAUAAUAUUUUUGAUAUGUAAAUUCAAGGAGCAAUAGUACUGU